AUGUGCCCAGGUGAUUUGAUUGAAAGAUGGCUCCUCCGGACUAUUAAAUACGACUUUAGGAAUGGAAAUAUAGAUUUGCUGCAAACGGUGGCGUUAUUACACAAAGUCGACGUUCCAACCAUUAAUGUUUGCACAGGGGCCUAUCGUGAGGCAAUUGACAAAGUUAAAUUACGGCGUUUUGGGCCAGAGGACUUUCUUUUCAUGUAUAAAGUCUUCACCAAACGAACUGAACCCCGUGACCUGUUUAAGCAAUAUAGCUCAGAUGGCAAAAACAUGACAAUUUCUGAUCUACUGUACUUUCUCAAAAAUGACCAGCAUGAGAGCAAUGCAGAUGAACAUACAGCUUUAACAAUAAUUAACAACCAUGAGCCAAUGAUGAGAACCAGAAGAAAAAGAAGGUUGAUGACAUCCAGUGGUUUCUUAAGAUACCUAACCUCCAUGGAUUGUUCCAUAUUCAAUCAAGAUCAUACCAAAGUCUAUCAAUGUAUGGAUUUGCCCAUGGUGAAUUAUUUCAUAGCAUCUUCACAAGACACCUGCUUCACGAGCAAUCAAUUAAUUGAACAAAGCGACAUUAAUGGAUAUAUAAGCGCUUUGAAGAAAGGCUGCCGCUGUUUGGAACUGGAUUGUUGGGAUGGACCUGAAAAUGAGCCGAGGCUAUAUCGUGGCUUUGCUUCGACUUCCAACAUUUUGGUGAAGGAGGUGAUUGAAGUUAUUAACAUGCAUGCAUUUGAGACAUCUGAGUACCCAUUGAUACUUUCACUGGAAAUGAAUUGCAACCCAGUUCAACAGCGUGUAAUAGCCAACUACUUGGUCAAUAUCCUCGAAGACAAGUUGAUCAGCAUGAGCCACGUUGGUGAUGACCCAACUCGAUUGGCUUCUCCUGAGGAAUUAAAAUAUAAGAUAUUGAUCAGGUGUAAGUAUGUUCGAAAGUUCAGUUGCAUGUUUCCAGCAAUCUGGGAGCUUGUGGAUGGAGACACUAGAGAUGACAGUGAAGAUUUUGAUCCUGAAGCAGAAUCUGAAGUCAAGAGUGUGGUACCAGCUGGGAUACGGACAUUCAGGAUGAAGAAGAAACGAAUGUUCAGACUUGCCAUGGAGUUCUCGAACAUUAUUGUGUUUUCAAAGUCGGUUGAUUUCAAAGAUUUCAAACAUUCACUGAGCCACCAACUGUUUUACGAAAGCAAUUCAUUUUCAGAACAUGAAGCAAUGAAGUUAGUAAAGCAAUCUGCCUCUGAAUUUGUAGCUCACAAUUCAAAGUUCCUAUCAAGAACCUACUGUGCAAGUGCCAGAAGAAAUCUUUCCAACUACAAACCCCAUGAAUUCUGGAAUGUUGGUUGUCAAAUGGUUGCUUUAAAUUAUGAAGUUCCUGGGCUGGGUCUGGACCUCAACAGGGGCAAGUUUCAGGACAAUGGAGGAUGUGGCUAUGUUCUCAAACCCAAAUUCAUGAAUCACAACACCACAUUUGACUCGUUGAGUUUGAAGAGCGUUGAACCAAUUAUCGUUGUAAUACAGGUCAUUAGUGGUCAGCAUCUACCGGUUUGUAGAACACCCAGCAAAAUAACAGUUGAUGUAUGUGUUCGUGUAGAAAUCUAUGGUGUAGCCAAAGACACUGCAGCACAACAAACCAAAGUGUUAACAUGUGCAGGCUGCUACCCGUUGUGGAAUGAUUCUUUGCUUUUUUGCAUUCAAAUUCCAGAACUGGCAUUAGUGCGAUUCACAGUAAAAGAUGUUAAUCCUCUCAGUGAGAAUGAUUUGCUUGGUCAGUACACAUUGCCAUUUACAAGCAUGAAGAAAGAAAGGCAAAAGAAACUUGUCAGCGCAAAUGUAAUCACUAGAGACAAGAUUCGCUGUCAGAAUUCAUACACCUGCAUGCAGUUGCGAGUUCAAAAUUACAAGUGA